UUUUCUCCUGUUCCAAGUGGUCUACAUUUAGUAUAAUAUUUCAAGACGGCUAAAUAAGCCCUUGUACAUGGAUUUGGAAAAUUUGAAGCAGAGAUUGGAAACUGUGAUCUUUGAUGCCACUGAAACUGAUGGAGAUGACCCAGCUGUCAGAAGUGCCUUCUGCAAACAGCUUGCAGAGGAAAUCCAUGCUGAAGCAGUCUCUUCAAUCCAGAGGUCACUAGAAAACAACUCCAAUGAUGCAAGUGAUGCCUCAAAAGAAAUUUACCUUUCCAAGUUGGAAGAGGUGUUAUCACAGCGCUCUGCCUUUCCCUCUGCUGUGAUUCAACAUAGAAGAGAUGGACUGCAUAAGCAAAGGAAAGCCCUGGAAGCAGGGAAAAGGCAAGUAAAAACUCCUGUCAAGUUAACACUACCUCCACAUGACUUCUUGAUGCAGAAGAAUCCUGAGCAAUGCUUACAGGAAUUGGUGCAGUUGGAGAAAGAUGUGGUGGACUUCCUAUCAGUGCUUUCUCAUGUCAGACAGGGAGAAUCCAAUUUUAUCUGA